GUGCUAACUGAAACUAAGCUUUUCACUCAGAUUGGUGCAAUUAUAAAUUGCUCAAAAGAAUUUCUCAAUGCAAGUGCAACCUUAUCGAACGACCAAUUUUGUACGUGUAGUCAGUCAGCUUUAAUAAUUAUUGAAAUAAAAAGCACAGGGCAAGAGAUUAUACACUUACAUGGUUAUGAAGUUGUGAUCAGCUUAAUAAAGCUAUAUUUUACCGUAAAACAUGACUCAGCAAGAAUGGUUGAUUAUAAACGUCUACAAACUGUUCAAUCUGAUAAACAAAGGAAGACCAUGAGCGUCAGUGAAUCAAAGCUGUGUUUCAGAAGUAUACACAUCAAACAGAAGCUAGGCAAGAAAAGAAUGAUUAUGAAGUUACUUGAGUUAGAACUUUGCAAAGUUUUGCAGUUUGUUUCUGAGAGGUUAAGUCGUUUUCUUUUAAGAAAUGCAUUUUUUAUUUGGUUUGUAGUAGAGUCGUCCGGCAAAGUUGUUGCUCGCACGAUUGAAAAUAUCGGUUACUUACUGAAGAACAAAAUCAAAAUCACUUUUACUUGA